UCAGGACCCACGGGACAAUGUCACCUUCAGAGACGGGCCAUCCCACAGAUCUAAAAAGAAUUAGUGAAUUAUUAAACUGCAAGGUUUAACUUCAAGAACAGAGAGAUGGCGUCCCUAACAGUGUGGUUCCAUACCAGAUCUGCUAAGAAUCAGGAGUUGACUCUUUGCAAAAAUUGAUGUGAUGGGUAAAGAUUGAAGCUUUCCUAUACAUCACUACUUUCUUCAUAUGGCAAACUGAAAAAAUGACUGAACUGUGAGAAGCCAUUUCCAAGUCACCAUGAAUCAAGUAGAAACAGUGUUGCUUGGGAGUAGGAAGAACUUAAUUGGGAGAUUCCACAUUCUGUUCUUCCCCACUGAAGAUGCAAAGACCUGCUGGUAGUUAUCUUAAAAAGGAAGAAGAAAUACCAGGGGAAGAGUUGCACUUGAACGUGGGAACCGAGCAGCUCCAGUGUGGUCCAGAGAACAAUGACUUGGACAAUGUUCCCUGGAAGCUUCCGGCAAUGGAUCCCCUUUGCUCCACUGGGAACAGGGAGUCUUCCAACCCAGAGGUGCAGCCCCAAGGCUGCGGGGCUUCUCCUAGGUCCCCGCUGAGGAGCCUGUCAAGAAAGCACUGUGAGAACCAGGGGAAUCUUCUCCAGUUUGACCGGCAAGCCCCAGGCCGCAUUUCCACCUCUCCCACUCUGAGGAGAUUAAGGGGCAGUGGAUGUGGAACCUCACACUCACUGCCUCAGCAGGACACCUUGGAAGUGCCCUCCUGGGGUAGCUGGAAGGAGCCUGCAGGUUCCCCAUGUUAUCUUUCAAAAAGUCCACCUGGAAGCCCAAAGGAUUCUUGGCACUCAUUAUCACCCUUGAAACUUGGCUCAAGAUUGCCUUCCGACCCUGAAUGGGCCUUCAAUGCAGCUGACUCAUUGGAGCCCCAAGCUGGGCCUGGUGACAACCAUGCUUUUCCUGUGCUUCUGCCCAUCAAUGAAGGGUCUCUUCAUCAGUUCUCGCCUUUGAGGAGAGAAGGCUGCCCUCUGCCCAGCCCCUCUCCACAGCACCCAACUCAGGGAGAAGAAUCACAUCAAUCCAGGUUCUACGAGCGCAGGAGGAGUUCUGUGGUACUGAACCUACCUGGGCUUGAGGUGUUCCCUGGAGACCUUCUGGUGUCAGAUGGAGCUGCUGAUUACCUGUACCACCCACUUCUGCUGCUGAAUUCAGAGUCCAAAAAGCCAAGAUGGCCUUUCUCCAGGAGAGGAGUGGGCAAAGACAAACACAAGCACAUAUCUGAUCUGGAAAACUGCCUUGCCGCUGUGAAGAUUACGGACUUCAGAGGCUAUGAGUUCCACAGCCUUAAGGAUAAGACCUGGAACGAAGUCAUGGAAACACAUCAAAAAUUUCCUACUGAUCAAUUAGACUGCAGAAAGCAGCAAGAGGCCGUGUGGGAACUUUUCACGAGUGAAUGCACUUAUUUUUUGGACCAUUUAUUAGUUCUGAAGAUGAUCUUUAUGAAUACAUUAAAAUAUCUCCAAACUCAUGAAUACCUCCUGGAUGUGGAUUUAUGGAGACUUUUUGCAAACCUGGAGGAGUUAAGUCAGACAAGCCUCAGUUUUGUGAACAGUCUUUUCUGCAUCAUCAAGGACUAUGUAGAUGCUUCCAAGCUGGCACCAACGAUGGAUUUCAUUUCCGUGCUCAAAAAGUACUUCCGGGGCAGCCUCUGUCAGAGCCACCAGACGUACUGCCUGAAUUACUCAGCGGCUGUCUUUUAUCUUGAGAGCCUGAGGCAGAGAGAUGACUUUGGAAUUUAUUUAAAAUGGUGUGAGCAAAAUGAACAGUGCAGACGGCUUCACCUGCCUGAGCUCCUAGUGGCCCCCCUCCACAGGCUGACUCGAUACCCCUUGUUGCUGAGGAAUAUCUGGAAAAGGAGCGCAGACGCCACUGACAAAAUCACGAUCUACUCCAUCAAGGAAAAGGUGGAGAAGUCAGUUGGGGAUCUUGAAGGAAAAGUGAAGUGGCUUGACAGCUUCCAAAAAUUUAGACAUCUACAGGAGAUUAUAGUGUGGCCUCCGCUUUGGGAAAGAGACAAAAGGUUUUUCAUUCCAGAGUGCUUGAAACACAUAUUUAAAGAACACAUGGAAGAAAACAUCUUGUCACCAACCAACAGACACCUUCUCUAUGAAGGAAAGUUAACUCUUGCAGAAAGCACAAGAUUCCUAGAUGUCUAUCUGUUUCUAUUUGAUGAUUUCCUCUUAGUUACGAAAACUAAACGCAACAAAAAGAAACUUGGUGGCUCAGACACUGGUUUAAUGUGUCCUUCGCUUACCCCUGAACUGCAAACAGUAAUAAAAGAGGGUGGCUCAUGUACAGUGCUUGAUCAGCCCAUUCCACUAGAUAGAUUGGUAGUCAAAAAUAUUGAUCCACUCCACGUAUCAGUCUUUGGACUGAAAAAUGCUUUCCUUAUACAACAUGAAAACAGAUAUCGACAGUGUAUAGCAGCAUUUUUACUACAAGCCCAAAAGGAAAACAUCAAAAAAGCAUGGAUGGCACAAAUAACAGCAGCAAUCUCUUGCUUCAUCAGGAGUCAGGAAACCAAAAAAGUAUCUUUAUUUACAUUGUCUGCAGAAUCCUCUGAAAUUUAGGGAGCUAAAACAAAUUCAGAAUGCAAAAACAAGCUGUGGCAUACCUUUUUAGAAAUUAGGACUUAACGGUAGUCUUUCAUCCAAGCUUUUCUAAUUCUUAUCUAGUGAUGAGCUAGACAGAAAAGUGCAUUUUAAAGGAGUUCCAAAAUUUGAGAAUUUGAGCUGGGAAAGUCCUCAGUAUAGAGGAAUAAUGACUGCAACAAAUUUGAACCCCAAGGAAUUUCUUGACAAGUAUAUAAUGAUAUCCGGGCUACCUUAUGUUUCAGUCAUGUUUGCAAGAGAUGUGAGUGAAGCAUGGUGCUAUCAUGAUUUAUAAAGGGUGAAUGAUAAGGUAAAUGCAGUGUCAGAAAGAAAACAAUGUCCACUACUUGCCUCCAGUCUGAAUUCUAGCAUCUUACUUUUGUGCAUGUUCAUAAAAUAACGAAACCAAUGUUCCUACCAGGCUUGUAAUCAGUCUUACUGCUUUAUAGUCCUACCUCAAACACAAUGACAAUUCUUUUGCUAUAUUAAGACCUACAUGUUAAUACCAGUUUUCUAAUUCAUAUUUCCCAACUGUUUGCCUAUCUCAGGUAUACUUUAUAGAACUCUCAUUUGGAAAUAGAAAACCCCCCAAACUAAAUUCCAUUAUUUUAUUUAAAGAACUGAAAAACAAAUUCCACUGGUUAACACUUUUACAUGAGGGCUUUUCAUAGUGAUAGUAAGGUGUCUUUCACUAAACCUCAUUUUUUGAAGAAUGAUGGUGCUUGUCAUAAAGUUUUUUUCCUGUUUUGAGUGUGUGUGUUCACACAAUAUAGCCACUUUAAAUUUUAUUUGUCAAGAUUUGAAACUUUAUUUUAUUUGGUAAGAUUUGAAACUUUGUUAUAAUUUUAUUAAAAAAGCAGCUUGAAUUAUUAUAUUAUCAUGUAGGGACAUAUACUGUUAAAUGCAUUUAAGGAUAUAUAAUUAGGGUCAGAUCAUAUCGAAUGGAAGUACAUAAACUUCAAUUCCAAGCAUGGUACCUUUCGCAAUUUCCAAAAUGGAAAUAGUAAAUUUAUCAAACUUGACUACAAGACAAGUGAUACCUUAAUUGAUCUCUUUAAGUUGGAGAAUGGGAUAGAGAGGAUGAAAUUUUUGGAAAGUCUGUGUGCAAUAAUUUUUCAAAAAAAAUGCAAGCAAGACAGUGUUGACAAGUGCAGCAGAAAGGCUCUUGUGCAAGAGCUGAGCACAAUUAGAAGGGAGGAUAAUCAUCUCUUUAUGACAAUAUCAGACAUUUUUUAGGAGUAAGUGAAAUUAAAAGGAAAAUCCAGAAAGCAAUAACUAUUGCUAAUGGCUAAGAAUAAAGCGUGCAGGAGGCAAAGAAGGGGCAAACAGACUGUGGGUGAGUACUUAGAGAUGGGAUCUGGAUGGGAUAGAAUGCAAUUAUGUUUAGGACCAGACUAUAAAUUAUGCAGGAGAGGACUUGGAAGAAAUUUCUGGCUACAAAGGAUGGAUAUCCCCUCCCCCCCCCAAAAAAAAAAA